GCAGCGGCGGAGCAGCAGCAGCAGCAGCGCGUCAAGUGGCCGUCGGACGUGGCCAGGCGCGUGCACCGCCGGAUGCGCAACUUCCCGCGCAACUACGAGGCCAAGGAGCUGGUGGUCAAGGCGGGCAUGAACCCGGCGGAGUGGGCGCUGGCGGCCUCCAGCUUCCGAAAAUCCUUCCUGUCCGAGCCGUCCAAGUACUUUGAAGACCAGGAGGAGCUCGCCGCCUUUGCCAGGGACUUGGAUGACGUGAAGCGCCACAACUCCUUCAUCUUCUACCCGUACUUCCUUGACUACGCCAAGGCCAACAACUACCUGUCGACGGACGAGGAUAAUGACAACGCCCUGUCGCUCCAGCAGCUCACGGACCUGAGACUGCCCCACGAGAUGUACCCCUACGCCACGGCCAUGAAGCGCAGGAUCAUCUACCACGAAGGACCGACCAACAGUGGCAAGACCCACCAGGCUCUGGAGAGAUUGAAGCAGGCUGGAGAGGACGGAGGCAUCUACUGUGGCCCGCUGCGUCUGCUGGCGCUGGAAAUCUACGAGCGCAUGAACUCGGACGGACUGUACACGUCGCUGGUGACCGGACAGGAAAAGAAGAUCGUACCGUACUCAACCCACGUGUCCUGCACGGUGGAGAUGGCGAACAUCAACAGGCCGUGGGAUGUGGCUGUGAUCGACGAGAUCCAGUUAAUUGGAGACCCGCAGCGCGGCUGGGCGUGGACCCGUGCGUUGUUCGGAUUGCAGGCGAAGGAAAUUCACGUCUGCGGCUCUGGCGAAGCUGUGCACCUCGUCAAGAAAUUCGCAGAGACUACUGGAGACGAGUUUGAGCUGCGGUCCUACGAACGCCGCUCACCGCUGGAAAUCUCGACGACGCACCUGAAAAACUACAGCAACAUUCGCUCAGGCGACUGUGUCGUUGCCUUCUCCCGACGCGACAUUUUCCAGAUCAAGCGCGACAUUGAGAUCAAAACCGGCCAGAAGUGCUGCAUCAUUUACGGCCAGCUUCCGCCCGAGACGCGCUCUCAGCAGGCUCGCCUGUUCAAUGACCGCAACAACGACUUCAACAUCCUGGUCGCUUCCGAUGCCGUCGGUAUGGGGCUGAAUUUGAACAUUAGACGCGUCGUGUUCGCUACGGUGAAGAAGUACUCGGGCGGCAGCGGCGGUAUGGUUGAUAUCCCGGCUUCUUUGGCGAAGCAGAUUGCUGGACGUGCAGGCCGUUAUGGCAGCGACUUCGCGUCUGGCGAGGCGACGUGUUUACUCGAGGAGGAUCUGGAAUACCUCAAGGAGUCGUACGAUGAAGUGCCGACGCCGCUCACAUCUGCCGGUCUGUUCCCGUCCUCGGAGCAAAUGGAAGAGUUCGCCAAGCAGUUGCCUGGAAUCACGGAUCUUGCCGACCUCGUGGACAAGUACGUGAUGUUGGCUCGUCUGGAUGGUGACUACUUCAUGUGCAACCACCAGGACAUGAAGGAUGCGGCGACGCUGCUGCGUGACACGGAGCUGACGCUGUCGGACCGCUUCACGUUCUGUAUGUCCCCCGUAAGCCUGCGCAACCCCUUGGCUCGUAAGGUGUUCCUCGAGUACGCUCGGGCCCAUUCUCUGGGACAAAGUGUGAAGCUGGAUAUCUACCUGCCGAAGUAUCCUCCGCGAACGGCUGAUGCGCUGGGUGACGUUGAGAUCAAGGCCAAGAUCAUUGACCUGUACCUCUGGUUGUCCUUCCGCUUUGAAGAGACUUUCGUGGAGAAGGACUUGGCUCUGGAGUUGAAGGCGCGAGUGCUGGAGCUUGUGGAGCAGGGUCUGGUCAACACGACGUACAACCGCGAGGAGAAGAAGACGCGAUGGGGCAGUGGCGCUGGGAACGGCCGGCGCUCAACUCCACGUGGUCAGAUGGACCUCAGUCGGUUCCGGAAUCGGAACAGCAAUGGCAAGCAGGAUUGGAGGUCAAAGCAACAACGUGAAGAAGAGGCCUUAGAAGCGCAGUGUGAUACAAAGGCUGCCGUGGAAAGCAGCGGGGUGGCAUGAUUGUCACCAUUUUGUUAGAUCCAUCCGGGUUCCAUAUCGAUAGAUGCAUGUAGAAAGAAGACGUGUUGCCUUUGAAUGCAAACGAAGCUACAUCAC